UCGAACAUGUCGAAAUAUUGACAUGAUUAUUUUGGAUCAAUUCUUUCAUACUUUAUGAGCAAGUGGAGACCAAGAACGUGGAUUUGUGAGGGAUGGGUUGUGGUUCAUCAACUGAGGCUGGUCUGGGGGAUGAUGGCAACAGUUCACCCUACAUGAAACGUGCUGAUCCAUUAGCAGAACCCAAAACCAAGAAGGAGGCUGAAGAAACGAAACAAGUUGGUGAACAAAGUGAAGACAUAAAAGCAGAGGCACAGAAUGGACAUGUUGAGGCUACAAGUGAACCAGAACCAGAAAUGGAAAAGGGACCAUAUGUACCAAAAGGGGGCGUACUCGUCAUGCCACUUCCACCUCCUAUGAAACCGAAAUAUGACGUUGAGGGACAAAUGGGGGAGGCCGCGGAGAGUGGCGUUGUGAAGCGCCGUAAUGGGAGUGCAGGAAAACCACGCGUGCCUACAGGAGGGUUUCUAGUCAUGCCAGAUCUUGCACCAGAACCUGACGAGGAUUCAGACAAGCCGAUUUCAGCACCAGCGGCCAUUAAACCAAUAAUUGUCGCUGAUAUGGCAGAUAAACGUCGUACGAUUGUUGAGGAGGCAGAAGAAAGUGAUGAGGAGGAGGAAGAGGAUUUGACCAUUUACACAGGUGUUGCGACAGUCAUCAUUGGGUCGGGUGUUGAGGUUUGCUCAGCGUUUCAUCUGGACAUUCCAGCGGGCGAGGUUUGGAUUGAUGAGGAGUUUACUCAAGAGAUGGCACUGAAGGGCAUUGCAAACAGAGAUAAUUUGGAGUGGAAGAGACCAAGUGAAUAUGCAGGAGAGCCUGUCUUAUUUUCAGAGGGCAGUACCAGGUUUGAUGUCAACCAGGGAGGUGCUGAUACAUGUUGGUACCUUUCCAUACUGGCAGCGAUUGCAGAUCAACCUCAACUCUUAAGUCAGAUUAUUCCUGAUGGUGCUUAUGAUCCAGCCUCUGGAGUUUUCCAUUGUAAGUUUUGGUCGUUCGGAGAAUGGGUGGAUGUUUACGUUGACGAUCAUCUUCCCGUCCAAAAUGGCCGCCCAUGCGGAGCGUAUUCGAAGUCAGACCCAAACGAGAUGUGGCCUUCAUUGAUGGAGAAAGCUUUUGCAAAAUAUGUCGGCUCCUACCAGAAGGUUUUUGGUGGAAACCCAGGGUUUGCCUUCACUUCAUUGACAGCAGGGGUAUCGGAACACAUACAACUGAAUGAGACGAAACCCAAGACUUUCUUCCAGCGAGUCCAUAAUGCCCUGAAAUCAGGAUCCGUUGUUGCAUCUGCAGUACCUGAAAGCAAAGACUCUCUCAAAGGUUUGAUAGGAUCCCAUGCAUACAUGAUAACGGGCUCAGCCAAGGUGAAAUAUGAAGGAAAUAUUGUUCACUUGUAUCGACUGAGGAAUCCUUGGGGUGAUGGAGAGUGGAAUGGACCAUGGUCAGAUGAAUCAACAAAUUGGGAUCGGGUCUCCAAAAUAGCCAAAUCAUCCCUGGAGAUUAAGAAUCAUGAGGAUGGUGAAUUCUGGAUCUCUGCUGAGGAUUACCAUAAGUAUUUCAAUGAAGUCUAUAUCUGUAGUCUCACACUGGAUUUUGAUAGAGAUGGUGUCGAUGAUGGAUUAACUAAAAAUAUCACAGCUAUUUUUGGUGAAUGGAAAGAGGACACAGCUGCUGGGUACGAGACAAACAAGAAGUUGAAAAACCCUCAAUUCAUGGUGACGGUGCCAGAAAUAGAGUCGGGCCAGGCAACUACGCCAGUUUUGUUACAGUUUCUGCUCAAGGAUUAUGAGAAUCAGACGAUCAGUUACAGGGUUGAACUCUUGAAGGUUCUCCAUGAAGCUGAUGGAGCAGACAAAAGAUCCAUCGUCCUCAAAGACCUCACAGAAGAGACAAACUUCUACACUGCCAACCAAUGGACAUAUCGAUAUACGAUUGAACCAGGGCGCUAUUUGAUCAUGCCGAUGACCUUUAAACCUGAAACAGAGUGUGAAUUCCUUGUGAGGUUGUUUGCUAGUGUACAAAUAGAUGGUGCAGUGUUUGAUGAAGAUGUUGUACACCAUGUGACAACUUUUAAGUCUUCUUUCACAUACUACAAGACGAACUAUAAAGUUGAACAAGUCCAAUACAUAUUGGGGGAGUGGAAGAAAGACGUAAAUGCUGGGGGUCAGAUUUGUCAUAAAACAUGUGCAACAAACCCUCAGCUCAUCAUAACUAUUCUUCCAGGACAGGAUGCAGAGAAGCUCCACCCAGUAGUCAUAUCUUUGAUGCAGAACCCAGAAAAGAGUCAUCCUCCAGAACCUAUUGGUGUGAAGUUGUUUGAUCUUCCUAUGAUCUUUGCUCCACCACUUGACCUUGAGACCCUCUGGAAGGUAAACGAGUCUCACACGCAACGCACAGUUGGGCAACAAGAUCAGGUGUUUGUAGUUGACCCUGUCUGCAAUGCCCGCUAUCUCCUGAAGGAGGGUCGUUACCUGUUAUUGUGCCACCAGAAUAAUCCAGGCAUUGAUAACUCAUAUAUUUGUGCUGUGGCAUCGAAGGAGAAACUGAAAAUUGAGAAAUAUCAUUCAGGCAGCUAGAAAGAUGAAACAUUUGAUCAUGUGACUGUCAGAGACCUAUAUCAACCACUCACAUGUUAUCGCGAAUGAUAAUGAUAAACUCGAAAAACAAAGUUUCAUUCAAUUCUAGUCAAAUAUGAUACUAUUGGGUAUGCCACAGCAAAUAUGGACUAUGAAGAUUUUUGUAAUUUUGACAACAGUGUCCAUGGAAAGAGAUGCAUAUGCAGAGUGAUGAUCUUCCAGAUAUAUGCUGAUGUGAAUGCUAGAUGCAUUUUCGGUAUAACAACUUUACCAGGGGACAGAGUGGGAAGUGGUACAUAUAAGCCCUCUUUCAGUGGCACUUAGCUCAUGGAAUAGCUAAAGCGAACAUCUGAGGCAAUAAAAACUUUCUAAAAACUCUAAAACUCCUUCUAAAAACUCUACAAUUGCAAGUUUGAAACAAAGAUGAUUAUACUCAAGUAAACACCUCAACAAAUGUUAGCC